AUGAAAUGUUCAGAUGACAUUACCAUCUUUUCGGAAUUGACAGGUGGCAAAUUACCUCCAGCAGAGAAACAGCCACGACGAUUAACCGAUGAAGCAAACAUAUUCAUGAUCGCUGGUGGUGAAGCCAUAACUCAGCUUCUCAUCAUCGUCUCCUAUCAUCUGAUCGCAAAUCCGUACGUUCUCGCAAAAUUGCGAGAAAAGCUUGAUGUGGCCAUGCCGACUCUAGACAGAGAGAUCACCUGGUGUGAGCUAGAGAAGCUGCCAUAUCUGGGAAGACCGAACCAUCUUGAUCAGGGUCUUUGGAUAUCUGCCAUUUUCACGACUCAGUUACCACGUGUAGCGCCAAAUGAUAUGCUUCGAUAUGAGUCGUUCGAUAUUCCUCCCGGAGUCAGAACCAGAGUCCGAACGUUCAAACUACCAGUACUAAUUCGGUCUCUAGACUCCUGUAUCGACGACUUCUCACUUAUUUGGAUCCUUUUCUUUGGCCAGGACCACUGGAAAUUCCUCGUGCCUUUUUCAAAGGGUAGUCGAGGAUGUGUCGGCAUGAAUCUUGCACAUGCACAAGCUUAUCUCGUCAUCGCAAAAGUCUUCCGUCGCUUCGAUUUUGAUUCGUACAAGACAAGUCAAAGGGACUUUACAAUAGUCCGGGACUGUUUCAAUGGGCAGCCAUACAAGGGAUGCAAAGGCGUGAGAGCAUUUGUAACGAGGCAACGAGCUUGA